ACAAUUCAAGACUACAAUCGCUAGGCUACAACGACAGACGUGUCACAUUGGAAAAUUUUUUUAGGAGGUUUUCUUGUUGUUUUCACUUGACACAUUCACAUAUCUGGAGUUUGAUCUUCAUCUUCUGGAUACAUAGCAUAGACGUAGACCACAUACAUUUACAUAGACAUAGCAGUCGCAUAGACACAGUUUUCUGCAUCCAUCUUCAAGUGCCAAACGUAACAAAAGCAUAUAAUUUUUAAGCAAGUUGUCUCCUUCCGUAGUUUCAAUCAUCAUUUUUAAGCCAGUAAGUUGUAUCUUCUAUUCUCGUCGGAGCUUCUAGCUACCAGCAAUAGCUGGGGCCCGAAAAAAAAAUGGCGCGUCGUCCAGCUUCCUUCAGCGGUUAUAGUUGGUGUCUACUUUUUUGGUACCAACUUCUCUUGUGGGAGCAGCAGACUGCCUUCGCCGCCAACCCGCCAUCCGCGCCAUCAUCUGACGACGAAGAUCUUCGCGAGUAUGGGAAGAGGUUUUUUAACAGUCUAGACUACUAAAGGAAUGUAGACUACUAAAGGAAUGAAUGAAUUUCAAUUUGUUUAAUGAAAUGAAUGAGGUACUUUUUGUUUAAUGAGGUACUGAUAAGAAGCAUGAUUACCUCCGUAUGGGACCGUAGAUUCACAAUACUUACCUCCCUUAACUCGGGGAAGCAUUAUCAGUACCUCCGUAUCGGUAAGUAUGAAUUUGUUUAAUGAAAUAUCAAGUCUUUGCUCUUCCUUGCUUUAUUGAGGUUUAAAUACGAGUGCGCGAAGUGCGCGCUCCACGGGGGCAACGCCGGGCAAAAAAGGUUCCACCUGCUCAGUGCGUGUAGCCGAGCGCCUCCCAGCGAAUAAGUAGACGACUAAAAGAAUGAGUGAAUAGAGGGAUACGAGGACCAAAUAUUUUUAUAAGAGGAUCAUGUACUCUUUUUCAUAAUGGAGCUUUGAGGAGAUCCACUGAAGACGUUGACGGUCCCCCAAGGGACCACCGAGGUGUAGAUGGGGAUGGAGACAGUGAUGGAGGAAAUGCUGACCAUACAGCAAGACCUGCUCCAGGACGCAAUAACCCAGUGCCUGCGCGAGGACCUAGGGAGCUACUGUCCGUGCUGAACCUGUUGUUAAGGGUAGGUUAAGGGUGCUCGCGUUACCGUUUUUUUUGCCGCUCUUAAGCGGGUAGAACUCGUCAGGGACAUCUGAGGCAUCAGAGCGCAGAACCUCUCUCCUACUCCACGUAUGUAGAUAUGUACAUAUGUAUCCGUAUAGGUCCGUAUAUCCGUAUACAUAGCGGGAGUACACAUCUUGCCGAAUAGAUUCAAAUCAUCAAGGGAGAGAGGCAGCAAAAGGGAAACUCGCAACACAGCUGCAACGCCAAAACGAGAAACAGAAACUCCUCUAAUGUUGCGUCAAACCCAGGCGGCAUUGCACACCCUUCCUGAGGCGGCCCGUAAUGCUGUUUUAAGGCUACCACGACCGUUGUAAGUACCUCAACCAACGUGAAUGAUCAUCCUAGUAAUUGGCCCUUUUUCUAUAAUUGAAAUAUUUUCAAGGUCUCGGGGAAAGUUCUAAGUACGCGUCCAACAGCUGAAAGAGGAGGAGAUGCGACGACUCCUGCUGCAGGAGGAGGCGAUUCUAAUGUUAAGGCUCAAUAUAUUUCAUUUCUACAAGUCAUUUCUCCCUAUUUCCUUCUUAGGAUUGGGAGAAAUGUAGGCAAGAAGUGAAUUGUUUUGAGCUCUAAUAAUGCAGCUGCUGGAAAACAAGCGGCGGCAAAGCCGCCUGCUGGAAAUCGACUUGCUGUAGGAGGCAAAGAAGCCCCUCCACCGCCGCCGAAGCCGAAAGCACCCAAACCCCGUCACGCAGACCAGGAUAAUCGUCAGGAAACUGCGUUUCCGCCGUCGCAGAGAGGAGAAAAUAUUAAGACUUAUAAUUUCUUACUACAGGAGGAGACUUAUAAUUUCUUACUACAGGAGGUGGAGUUAAGUUGUGAAAUACGUUACUUAUCAUUUAUUUGAGGUCUCAGGGUAGAUAGAUAUUUGGAUUACUUGACUCUUUUGGGUUGUUUGUUUCCUAGUUAGGUGUGCUCCACCGAUUAUAUUUGAGGUUUCAGGGUGUCAUCGUACAGUCUAGGGGUUGGCAUGCUAUGCUAGCCAAUGAUAGACUCAAUGGAAUGGUCACCACUGAAAAAGAAGCGUCUUUGUUUCACUCCGGAGAUGGUCUUUAAGGGAACGAAAACGUGUCAAAGAUGCAGCCUGAUGUUUUCAACAAGGAACUGGAGGAAUAUUCUUAAAAAUGAGUGCAUAGUACUAACUACGUCCUCUUCUAAAAAUAUGUGGCAGAAUUUUGAAGGAGCUUUGUCCCCGAAGCAGGUCUUCGAACGCGAUCAACCAGACGAUAACAGCUUUCGUCCCGGUACUUUGUAGAUGUAACGUAAGCAUAUAAUAUAUUGAAAAUAUUACCGUAAGCUGCAUUUGAAAAUGGACCUUGAAGAACCUUGAACAAAAUUACAAUCAAAGUAACCUAUUCGAAAACUCAAAAUAAGCGAGGUACUGACUGAAGCAAGAAAGUCUUGACUACAUUCCUCCGCUUUCAGUAUCUCGAAAAAAAUCGCUUAUUUCAGUAUGUCGCUUAUUUCAGUUUAUCGAAAAAAAUCAUCACAGCAAAUCCGUCCUGGAACGAUGCAAAAGUAACGUAUUUCAGUUUCAAGGAUCCGAUUCUAUAUACUUGGUUGUUCUUUGAUGCGGACGAUGGUUACGGGUAGUUUUUCACUAUCUGACGUGGACUAUGCUGAGCAUAGUGAAAAACUAAGGCAUAGUGAAAAACUAAGGCGUUAAGGCUUGGAGUGGCGCUGGAUAGAAGGCGCCACGCCUCAACGACCCGGACGCAGUUUAGAGGAAGCACUGCACAAUCGUGGGACAUGUUUAUGAAUGAUAUUCUUUCGACUCCAAGUCCAAGAGGUGGCUCAGUAGGUACAAAGAGUUUUCACUAGUUGCCACAACAGGAUCGAGUCAAAUCUACAUGAGUAGCUUCGUGACGAUUUGUUUCCCUUGGUGCAACAUUGUAGUGUCUACAAGAACAUCAUAGUGUCUACAUGGUCGUGUCUACACAAAUAUCCCUUCAACUACAUCGCAACACUUUCAUUUCCCUUCUCGCGCGAGUCAGUCCAGCACAUUCUGCGGGGCGCAGAGCCCAAAGACCCCUUUGUGCGGCUCCCGAUUAGCCGUGGAGAUUUCGUUGACUGCACUGAACUGAAGGAGGAGGUCACAGACAUUUUGUCAUUAAGGAGCACGUGUUGGCUGAUGUUACCAGUAGUGUAGGUUGUUCGUUGCUAGCAAUGUUGUACAAGCUGCUUGCUCAAGAAGAUGAUCUUCUUCUCUGUGUCACUACCAGAACGAUGACACUAUUGAUUAUUUAGUUGAUAUAAUAUAAGCAAAUUAUUUUUGAAUACUCACUCCAUGGUUUGGCUUUCGGUUUUUACCUUCGAAAAGGGGUAUUAUUAAUUUGAAUAAUUCAUAUUCCUGUAGUGCAGUUUCUGUGCACCCACGGUCUUUCCCAGUAUGUUCACUUUGACAUCUAGGAACAAGACUAAGAGCCAUAGUAUAUUCACAACCAGAAUAUUAAACACUUCAGACACUGAAUGGUUCCGGUAUUUUUGGUGUAACCUGAAUUUGAUCAUAAGGGAAAACAAGAAGUCUUCUAAGCCCUGGCGACUUGGUCUACCACGAUGAUGGACGCGUACUGCGUGACAUGCGAACGGAGAGGAGCAUUGCUUUGCGCAAUAAACGGAGGCUUGAGGUCCUCGACUACUACAAGCAAAUUUAAGGGUAGGCUAUAAAGGUGCUUCUGCUAUACCGUUUGUUAUGGCUUUCUCCCUUAGGUGGGGACAGCCAUAACAAGCGGGGGAUAAGCGAAUAGGAAGAAAACCUACCUCUAACAAAUGAUGACUACAUGCGCCGCACUCCUUGCCGUUUACGCGUUUCUUUUAAGGCUAGACGUAUUUUUACCUUUAGUAGUCCGUUUGGAUGUUUUUCUUUAUGGGGAUGGAUCCCAUCUUGUUUGUGAUUUGGGGUUCAUAAGUAAGUAGUACAACGAGAAGGAAGCAAGAUAUUUUAGAGGGAUCAUCCUACUUCGUUCCCUUUGCUUAGAGGCAUACUCAUCGCAGAGCUACGCUAAAAACGAUCAUGUACUAGUAGUCGCGGCACUAGCGUCUCUUCUAAGUCUUUAUGUGGUGCUUUUCGUGGUGAUAGGCCGAAAAGCCUGCUGCAAAUCACAAGAGGACCCAGACGUUGUGGCAGAGGCUAAGCGUUUCAAAGGAUUCACGAAUGAUGGAUACAGAGAACCAAAUGUGCAGUUUUUACGGCGAGGAUAGAAGAAGAUUAUAAGGAUCACACUGUUUCACAUUCUUGAUGUCGAUUGUGAUUUGAGUUAAAACUAGAAAUGACGGAGUUACUAAGUGAAAGAAGGGCCAUAGCUUUAAUUAAGAGGCUACUCCUCCUUCAGUAUCUCGGUUAUUCUCGUCUGUUACUUGCUUAUUUCAGUUUAUCGAAAAUAAGAAAGAUGGAGAUGCACCAGAACAAUACUCCUUUAACAUUCGGACAGGACGAGUCCACGUACGCGCACAGUUAUGAGGUGGAGAGCGAAGCGGAAGACGAGGAAGCGCAAAACUCCGUAACCUGCAGACAUCUGGGUGACUCAGCGACAUGCAUUAUGCAUCAUCACUAGUCAAAAAUGUCUUCUAUUACAUCUAUUACUAUGUGGACGUUUUGUAGCUUCUAUUAAAUACAACUACUUCUAUAGACCACCACUAUUAUGCAGCUUUAUUCACGUCAAGUAGCUUCUAUUACAGCUACUUCAACUAAGUACAUCUUCAUGAUCUCGGGCUUCUCCGGGUCCCUCUCUGAAUUUCAUCUUGAUCACUUAGAUUUUUUCGUGGAGGAACAACGGACUUCUAAUACCAACGGUGUUAACCAGAACGAGUCUUCUUUGCUGCAAAACGAUGCUGCAACCCUGCGAGCUUUGGUUUUUGGCGAACGCCUUCCGCCACACGAGAAGCCCUCUGUACAACCCUCUUUAUCUUGUUCGGGUACAACUUAUGGUACUACCUCUGGCACUAGUAAGUUUGCGAGUGCCGGUACUACGGGUAAAGUUGUUGGCGGAGCUAAGGGGCAUGAUGAGCAACCUCCAGCUGUGCAAAACAGCAUGGGUUAAGGCUACCGCUGAAGCAUCCUCAAGUAGCUCAUCCUUGGCUCUUUUUCUACUUGAAUGCCAAGAAGCCAAGGAUGCACUGAGGGAUCAUGCCAAGGAGGCACUGCUCUAAACGCGACAAGCAGAUGGUGAACCGGAACCAGAAGGGGAAGAACCAGAAGGGCAAGAGGAGAUGGCCCUUCUAGUUACGAAUCAGAAUUUGAAGAACCAGGGUUUAGGGGUGCAAGAAAAGAUGAAUGCAUCAGCUAGUACACCUGGCGCUCUAGGCCAAAAUCAGCAGUUUUCAGGGGCGUUUGUCCCUCCUGGUCAACAACAUGGGACUGCGAGCCUGCCACGACCUUACCCAAGCAAUGUCGCAGGUGAAGGUUUGCCCCGUGGACCGGGAGGCUUCGGUAAUUCUAGGCUUUAUCUCUUCAUGGGAAUGAUAAAUUUCUUUGUACUUGAAGUGCCUCGUCAAGAACCUCCCAACAUCUGGUCCUUCUUCGAUUAAACCUUGUCCAUUAUCGCCUUCAUUCAUUUAUAAUUACGUCCUCCUUCUCAGAAUAGCAGCACAAUGAGAUCAUUCUAGAGUAGAGAAACUAGAUCUUCUCUCGUCUUCUCUCACGCUUACCAGUUAUUACGUCCUCCUUCCAUUAACUUUCAUUUAUCCAACAACCCUUCCAACAUAAACCUUCAUUCAUUAUUUUUCUGAUAGUAUCUGAUGGACUUCGUGCUGCUCAGGUAUUGUACCUCUAGGUGUAGCUUUCUUCAUUUCUAGCACUGUUCUCUCCGCUUCAAAGCUUAUUAAUACGUCAUCCUUCCAUUAUCAUUAACCAUCCUUCCAUUUACUACAGGACAACUCUAACUGAAACAUUACUUCAUUUAUCCAACAACCGUUUGCUCCUGCAGGUAGAUGCUAUAUGUCUAUCAAGGGUGCACAGAACAGAACUUCAUGAUUAACCUGCUCCCUUCAUGAUUUUUGCACUCGCCAGGUUAUACGCUUCGUGCUUCGCCGUACGAUAAUUUGCCUGAUCGCGUAAUCAAAAGCUUGGAACAGCAAGAGCGUGAGCGCUUGGCCUCUUUUCGUGUGCAGGCGAAGCAGCCACUUUGUUAAGGCAACCGUUAGCGCAUCCUCAGCACCAUGCCUGGCCAAGGGAAAAAAGGGCACAGGGAUGGGCGCGGGGAUGCGACGCGGUAGCUCUAACUUUGCAGGUCGAAAACCUUUUGCGCCGUCUUUUGGAUGAUUAUCUUAAGGCUAAGUAUCUUCUUGAUGGGGGGAGAAUCUUCCUGGGAUGGGGUCGCUCCAUCAAAGAGGGGGAAACUUUGAGGGAAACUCAAGUAUCAAGGAUUCUUGAAGCGACCCGUCGGUAUCAAGAAUUCUUAAAGGGUGAUCAAGAAAUUACUUAGAGUGCGACCCCCGUAGCCAUUUUGGCUCAAGUGUCUCCACAUCCUUCUUGCUUGCCUUCUCUCGUCCUCAAGUGAGUUCGUCCUUCGAUUCUUCUUUCUUACUACCUUUCCCUUUAAUGAUGAAAUGUGGUUUAGAGUGCGACCCCGAGGCCGCUUUUGACCCUCCAGGACCUCCUAAGCUCCCUUCCAGGACCUCCUAAGCUCCCUUCCAGGACCUCCUAAGCUCCCUUCCAGGACCUACUAAGCUCCCUUCCAUGACCUCCUAAGCUCUAAUCAUCGCCUUUCUUGUUCUCACUUCCGCUACGUACAUCACUGGCUGGAUUGCGUGGCGUGCGCGAGACCUCCGCUUGAGCAUCAGUGACCCUGAAAUUUAUGAUUUUUGACGGAGGUGCUGUAGGUGAAGAUGAUACUGUAUGUGACUAAAAAUUUUUAAGUAGCUGAGGGUGAGUAGUUUUUUUUUGGUUAUAUAGUCCUCAUCUUUUGAUAUCUUCGAGGACAUGAUUUCGAUUUGUUCCACUUGGAAGUAGAAGUGUGGUAAUAUUAUUUGUUGAAAAAUGCUCCCUUUUAUAGAUGAAGGCUUUCACCUUUUAUAGAUGAAGGCUUAGGUCCCGCGACGCUUAAAGCACUAAGUAAGACAGCCGGUUAGUUUUCACCUCUGCAAUUCUAAGGUUAUCCCAUGCAACAAUAUGCGUUGAAUGCUUUGAACUUUUACCUUGAUGCUUCUAACCUAACGGCAAUGGCCGCAUCUCACCUGCUGCGAACGCGCAGUUGCCAUACGGAGUCGACCUCUUAGACCUCGACGCACGGACACGAAGGCGACGCCUGAACUGAGGCAACGGAAGAACAAUGUCCUCUAGAUGGAGUUACAUUCCAAGGAGACAAGAUAGAUCUAAUCUAUUACAUUCUAUAGAGUCUACUAGAUGGAGUGACAAGUUCUUCUACUACCUAGAAAUAGGUAACACUUUGUAGAAGAAGAUGAUGAUGAUGAUGAUGAGAAGGAAAACGUAACACAAGUCUCGAGAAAAUGUGUACUACUAGAUAGACAAGAAAAUCCACUAGGUCUACUUAGAUGACAAGUGUUGGCUCUACUAGAUAGACGGGUGUUGGGUUCCUCCACUGGAGCUGUGCAUGUUCGAGGUCCAGUUUGUUCAGUUUUUUGGAUCGCUUUCUGGUACAUGCGAGUAACAAUUGUUAGUUCCUCUAGGAAAUGUUGAUUGAUAUCAGGAAUAAAUAUAAUCUUUGUUGAACAACAAAUAGAGUUGUGGUCGGUUUUGUAGUUUUGGCAAAGAUGUCUGGUCCGUCGGGACAGGUCCACGUUGUUGUUGUCCACGUUGUUGUUCGAGAAUAUAGAAGGGAUUGCAUCGUGGUCCCGUCCAACUUUGGAACCCACUACAAUCUACCUUUUCCCUCAUCUGUGUCACUUUUUCUAUUUGAAAGCAGCCCACAGAUAGGCUAAGGGAUGAACUACGUGAGGCCGUAACAACUAUACUAGAUACUUACUUCUUGUAUCUUCAGACGUCUGUACUAGAUACUUAGACUUCUUGUAUCUUCAGACGCCUGAUUGAUUGACUGAUCUUCAAGAGGACCGGUUCGGAGAUCAUCGUGGUCAGUUCCCUAGGGUCUGGCCUCAACGUUGACUUGGCAGGUCACAUCGGAAACAAAUGACAUGCCCAGCAUCGUCGUUCUUAUUAUUCACAAGUAGUAGUUGUUGUUGUUGGGAUCGGCGACGAGUUCGACGUCGGUUUGAUGAGUAAUUACUUUAGGAGGUGGCUCUAAUAACGGAGCAGCAAAAUUAUCGGGACGAUAGAUUCUCACAUAUUGUGUUUUUGCAAUUUCAGCGCUCCGCGAGGAGAAAAACGCGGAAGUCGGGGCGCAUGGGGAGUUACACAUCCAUAAGCAGAAGCAUUCUUGCUACUAACUUGGAACACACUAUUAAAAAUGCAACAUUCAUACAAGACAUUCUCCACAAAUAUUUUCUUCUUAAGAAGAGAACAGAAUAUAGAAGAAAUACGGUCAAGAUACAACUGUUUACACUUGUCAAGAAGCAAUGGUUGUUCUUGAGGUUUGUACAAAUCAAAGUGGAUGCGAUAAUUAGGCUUAUAAAUUGAUUCUCUUGAAUUGCAUACUACGAC